AAAAAAAAAAAAAAAAUACAAAAUCAAACGCCGUGCAAGUGAGACGGGGGAAGGAGUCCGCUUGCUGCCGAGUCCGUCGGGCUUCCUCCCGAGUCCGUCGGGCAUUAGAACUCUCGCCACCGAAUUUCCUGCUAUAAGUCCUCGUUUUGGUUAUGAAACGGUCACCCUUCUUUGAAAAACCCUUGAUUAGAGCCGCGAUUUCGAGAUUUUCUGUGGUGAUUCCUUGGGAUUUUUUCGUCGAUACGGCCGUGAGACUUCGCCGGAGUCGAGGUUUAAAAGUUUAAUCUGAUUAGGAAUUCACGUAUCUGUGAAACCUUGUUCAGUCUCAAGCCUGAGCUUCUUUGCUCUUCUAAUUGCUUCAUGACUAUGGCUUCUCUGGAAAGUGUAUCUGAGCAGUGUGUGCAAAGAGAGGUGUCUAAUGUACCAAUAAUUUGUGGUCUUCCAGAUGACAUUGCUCUUCUUUGCUUAGCAAGGGUUCCCCGACGGUAUCAUCAUACCCUUAGAUGUGUCUCAAAGAGAUGGAGAGAUUUGUUAUGCAGCGAAGACUGGCAUUCCUGUCGCCGAAAAAAUAAUCUGGAGGAAACUUGGGUUUAUGUUUUUGUUAGAGAGAGGUCAAGAAAAAACUGCUGUUAUGUAUUGGAUCUGGAUCCUGCAAGGCGAUGUUGGAGACUCCUCCAAGUCAUCCAGAUUCCAUGCUCAGAUAAGCGUGGUAUUUGUGUUGAAACUUUGGGAAAGAAAUUAUAUCUGUUGGGUGGCUGUACCUGGUGGUUUCGUGCUACAAAUGAAGUACAUUGCUAUGAUGCUUCUAAAAAUAAGUGGGAGAAAGCAGCUUCAAUGCCAACAGCUAGGUGCUCUUUUGUGUCAGCAUCUUUGAGCGACAAACUUUAUGUGACCAAUAGACGUGGAUCGAAACCAGAGUCUCCAGAUUCAUGGGAUAUCUAUGACUCUCGUUCAAACAACUGGAGCUCACACAAGAAUCCAAUGCUGACCCCUGACAUUGUUAAUUUCAUUCCCUUAGAUGGGAAGUUGUAUACCAUCCACAUGACCUGGAAUGGUCUCCUGUUUGCUGGGGUGUAUGAUUCAUCAUCCAGAAGGUGGCAGGGUACGAAAAACGAAAUUGCAAAGUGCUCAUCUGAUUCCACGGUAGUUGUAGAUGGAACCCUCUACAUGUUGGAUUACACCAAGGGCACAAGGCUUAUGAUGUGGGAGAAGGAGAGCGAGGAUUGGGUGGCCCUUGGUAGGUUGUCAGAUGAGCUACUGUGGUCACCCCGUCACCUUAUUGCCUUUGGAAGGAGUAUUGGCGUGAUCGGGGAAGGACUGAGUACGGUGUUCAUCGAUGUGCAUAAGGCAGUGAAGGUCGGAGGGAUGCUGGUAUGCUCUUCGGCUGGUCCUAAUUUUGAUUUUGAAUGUGACUUCAUCUUCAGCUGCAACACAAUCACCAUCUGA